GAUCCCUCACUCUUACUCCAUCAACCCCACCUCCAAUUCCUCGAAAUUCAAUUGUAAUUUGGACUCGAAAUCAGCUCAGUGAUAUCAAAAAAUGGAACCUUUUCCAAGUUUCUAUGAAGAGUACUUGUCGAGCUCUGAGAGUAGCAGUUGCCGCCGGAGAGCGUUGUUUUCCGACGAGGAGGUCAUGUUGGCGGCGAGCAAUCCGAAGAAGAGGGCCGGGAGGAAGAAAUUUAAGGAGACUCGGCAUCCGGUGUACAGGGGAGUGAGGAGGAGGAAUUCCGGUAAGUGGGUUUGCGAGGUAAGGGAGCCCAAUAAGAAGUCUAGGAUUUGGCUUGGGACAUUUCCAACGGCGGAGAUGGCGGCUCGGGCUCACGACGUGGCGGCGAUGGCGCUUAGAGGUCGCUCUGCUUGUCUCAAUUUCGCCGACUCCGCGUGGCGGCUGCCGCUGCCGGCGUCCCCUGACCCCAGGGGUAUUCAGAAAGCGGCAGCCGAGGCGGCGGAGGCAUUCCGGCCGGUUGAGUCAGAUGGGUCCUCCGUAGACGACCCACGGCAGGAAAAUGGGACGGCGGCGGAGACGACGGCGCCCCCGUCGGAAAACGUGUUUUACUACAUGGAUGAGGAGGCAGUUUUUGGGCUUCCUGGAUUGCUGGAGGAUAUGGCUGCGGGGAUGAUGUUGCCUCCACCUCAGCAUUUUCGUGAUGACAAGGAUUUUUAUGAUGACAUGUCAUUAUGGAGCUAUUAAUUUUUUUUCUUCUUUAAUUAUCCAUAGCUCUUAUUACAUUCAAUUUACGUCCAUGUACAUAGAAUUUGAAGAAAGAGUGUUUAUUUAGGUAUUGAAAUAGCAAAAGCAUCAAUGACUGAUUUCCCCCCA